ACUGCCAAUGAUUAUAGUUUACGUUACAUGACUCAAGGGGUGUGUAAAUUUAAGGAGGAUGAUCAACAAAUAACUAAAAAUAUAAUCAACGCUAAGUGGAGCCCUAACAUUAGAUUACAUUUUGUUAUUGUGUUUAGUUUAAGUUGGCAACAUAUUAGUUAACACCAUUUACUUUUUGAGUACAUACAUGGAAACGUAUUCCUAUAUUUAUUAUUAGAUUAAGUUGUUUUGUGAAGUGUGCACCUCACUUUUCAUGAAUUAAAUUGUAAAUGAAUGUGACAGGUGCUGAAGGUCCAUGCAAGCAGAAGGUGUGCCCACCACACUCCAAGUGUGUAGAAACUGGGGACACUGCUAAAUGUGAGUGCAAUGGCUGCCCUGGGGACUAUGAUCCUGUCUGUGGGUCAGAUGGAGUGUCUUAUGGUAAUGAAUGCAAGCUUCAAAGGCAGGCCUGCACCCACAACAAGCCAAUAAAUGUGCUAUAUAAGGGUCUUUGCAAUGGUUGUGAGAACAAAAAAUGUGAGUUUUAUGCUGUUUGCCAGAUUGACUCUGGCGGAGAAGCCAAUUGUGUUUGUCAAAGCAAUUGCUCGGAGGAAUCAAACUCUGAAGAAGUUUGUGGCAGUGACAGGAAAACAUAUGCCAGUGAAUGUGAAUUAAAACAGGUUUCUUGCAGAAACAAAAUCCCAAUCCGCGUCUCAAAGAGAGGACAUUGUGAUGAGUGUCCUACCGAUUGUAGUUCUGCUCCAACUGAACAAGUUUGUGGAUCAGAUUUGGUUACAUAUCCAAGUCAAUGUGAGCUACUAAAACAUUCUUGUGAAAUGCAAGACUCUGGUAAUCGAAUCGAAGUACUAUUUUAUGGUAGCUGCCAGCAUCGGGGAUCAAUUCACACGUACACAACACCAUUACCCGGUGGUCCAGACCCCGAAGAAGCCUGCCGAGGAGUUAGGUGCCAAUUUUCAGCAACUUGUGAAUUAGAUCCCUCAGGUUAUCCACGAUGUGCUUGCAGAUUCUCUUGUCCACCUGGAGGUCAGCCUGUGUGUGGUUCUGACUUGGUCCUUUACCAGAGUAAAUGCGAUAUGGAAGCUGCAGCUUGUGCUAAACAGAUAGAAAUCAGGAUCAGGCCAUUAGAUUUAUGCAAAGGAAUGGAAGUUAAACCAUGCGGUGGUGAUUCCCCCUUAAGGGACCCAGCAACUGGUGAAGAUUUAGAUUGUGGAAAUGGGCACAACAGGCAGGAUUGUCCAUCUGAUUACUAUUGUCAUCAGACACCUCAGUUUGCUAAAUGCUGUCGUAAAGAAUCAGGAGUUUACUUGAAGGACUGUGCAGACAGCUGGUUUGGUUGCUGCCCAGAUGGUAAAACACCAGCUCAGGGGCCAGAUAAUGAAGGCUGUCCCUCAAUGUGUGGUUGUAAUAAAAUAGGUUCAUACUCCGAUUGGUGCGAUAAGGAGACUGGAGCUUGUGAAUGUAGACCUGGUGUGGGAGGUCCUAAAUGUGAUAGAUGCGAGCCAGGUUACUGGGGCUUGCCAAAAAUAUCAUCUGGAUAUAAAGGAUGUUUGCCUUGUGGAUGUUCCUUGUUCGGGUCUGUAAGAGAAGACUGUGAACAAAUGACUGGCCGUUGUAUUUGCAAAACUGGCGUUUCAGGCCACAAGUGUGAUAUGUGUCCAAUCAGUGGGCAAAUCCUUACUCCUGCAGGAUGUGUUCAAGCUGAUGUCACCACACCUGUACCGACCUCAUGCUCUCAGCUCAUUUGUUAUUUUGGGGCGGUUUGUGAAGAAAGGAGUGGAAGAGCAAGUUGUGUUUGCACGGCCACGUGCCCUAAUCAUGACAAGCAACAGGUUGUUUGCGGAAGUGAUGGUCAAACUUAUGGAUCAGAAUGUCAGCUUAAGCUUUAUGCCUGCAAGUAUCAGAAAGACAUUGCAGUUCAGUCUCUUGGUCCUUGUAAAGGUGAGGAAACUAUUGGUGGGACUGAAGGACCUGUUCGCAGAUGGACUUCCUACAGCCAGUACACAUUGCCUGAUGAUAUAGCUUCUCCAUUAUCUAAAUCAACUAGGCAUCUUCUUACUGACAAGUAUCACCUACCAGGAAGAAACAGAGAUGUGUACGUGGUGGAAGGUCAUGCUACUUCUGUUGGUGUUGAAUUAGGAUCUGGUCUUGGCCAGCCUUGUAGUUAUGAUACUGAUUGUACAACUGAUUCUUCCAUGUGCUUGCGUGGUUCAUGUUCUUGUAAACCAGGCCAUGAAGAAUCUCAGGGUCGAUGUGUCUCCGAAGAAAGCCCCUCAUUCACUGGACACUCUUGGAUGAGACUGAGAAAACUUAAAGCUCAUCAUACAUUUAACUUGGAACUUGAAUUUCUCUCUCACAAUAUGGAUGGUAUACUUUUCUAUACUCAACAGCAUCAAGAUGGAACUGGAGAUUUCAUAUCUCUUGCACUUGUCAAUGGGCAUGUUGUUCUGAAUUACAACUUAGGAUCAGGGACUGUUAAUGUUCCGUCAUUUGGAAGAGUUUCACUUGGUACAUGGCAUUCUGUUAAGGUUAGGAGGUACAAAAGAGAUGCCUUGCUUCAAGUUGAUAAUGAACAGGGUGUUCGUGGACAGAGCCAAGGAACAUUAACAGGUCUAGAUCUAGAUGACCAUGGCUACCUCGGUUAUGUUCCUACAAAUUUUACUAAGGUAUUUCAGAACGCUGGAACUAAUAUGGGCUUAGUUGGUUGCCUUCGUACGCCUGGGCUUGCUCCUGAGGAAAGUCAUAUGAUUGGUUCUUCGUGUCUUCAUAACCCAUGUCGUGGAAUCAUUUGUUACAACCAUGGCUCAUGUGUGGCCUCAUUGCCAAAGCCAACUUGUGCAUGUCAGCCAGAUUUCACUGGAAAACACUGUGAAGAAAAACUUAAUCCUUGCGUCUAUUCCAUAUGUAUUGGUGGAACUGAGUGUACACCCACCGAAGGAGGUGGUUUUGAUUGUGUGUGUACAUCGAGAGAAGCACCAUGUGCAUUAGAGGAACUUGAACCUGUUGAAAUAGGCCCUGAACCUCUCGUUCUACCCAGAUUAGAAGGUGUUUCUAGAGCUUUUGCUCUAUCCAUUUCAUUUGCAACGUUAUCAACUGAUGGCACCCUUCUCUAUAAUGGCCAAGGGCAGCAUAACAAAGGAGAUUUUAUUUCUCUGAAACUUUCAGAAGGAAGAUUAGUGUUUUCUUUCAGUCUUGGUGGUAAUCCAGUAUCAAUUGUAACAAAAGAAAAAAUUGAACCAGGAGAAUGGCAUACAGCCCGCCUAAGUCGACUUGACAAAGAAGGCUUUUUAAGAUUAGAUACUGGGCGGAUUUACCGCGGCGUUUCGGUUGGACAUCAUCUUGAGCUUAAUUUAGAUCAUCCUCUUUAUAUUGGAGCUCCUCCGUUUGAUGCUGAGGAAUGGCCUGUGUUCAAUGGAGCAUUGAAAACUUUCACAGUAAACGGUCACCGAUUGAUACUUUCGGGAGCUCGACCAUGUACUUUAGCAUUUUGCUCACCGAAUGCUACUUCUUCGUCUCUCUGCGAAGGAUGUGGUCUUGUUGAAGAUGAAGCAGUCCAUUUCGAUGGCAACACCAUCAUCAAGUAUCCCAAGAAAAAUCUGAAAAAGAAUGAAACUGAAACAGAAGAAGAAUUUUAUGAAGAUUAUGAAGAAAAUUAUACUGAUGAGAAAGAGGAGGAUUAUGAAGAAGAGUAUGAAGAAUAUAAUUUUCAAUAUGAUGAGCGGCAUAAAAGGCGUGGAGUUAUGAGAAUAGAAGUUUCAAUUAAGAGUUCAGGUCAAGAUGGUGCACUUAUCCUAGGACGUGCUGGAAAAAGCUUAUGGGGUCUAAUUAUCUUAGACAGUAGCAUUCGAUUUGUGGCUUACGAUGUUGAGUUGGCUUCCAAGGUGAUUGUCUCAGAUGGUAGAUGGCACAGAAUAUCAGCACUUAAAAGGAAAAAAUCCCUCUCAUUGAGGGUGGACAGAGAAGGAUUAUUAAGAACAUCUUUACCUCCAGGUGUGCGAGGGACAACAAAAAGGUAUUUUAUAGGAGGAUCACCACCAGGAGCUGAAGGCCUCUAUCCAGGUUUCCAAGGCUGUAUAAGAGGCCUUCGCAUCGAUGGAAGACUUGUUGAGCUAGAAGGUCGGUCCUGUCCUAUAAGCUAGCAUCAUGUUAGACAGGUCUUGUAAACAACUUAAGGUCCUCGCUAGGCAACACUGUUGCUGGAUUUGCCAAAUCAAAAAUGGAGUCAACUUUAUUGGCGCCUAAGUCUAGUCCCUUCAAUUGUAAAGUCCUUGUGCUAUUAAGCACGGGUCUUUUGCCCCAUAAUUUUAAAAAUAUUUUUUGUACGAGAAAGUCUGAUUGUAUGAAAUGUAACACUUGUUUUUAUUGUAAAUAAGUAGUGUAUAUAUACUGAAAGAAAGUAAUAAAUGUUUAUAGUAA